CCGCCGCCUCAAAUUGCCUAUCCUCUUUGUGGUGGCCACAAAGUACUUUGUAUAUAUAUGGUGGCCAUAUUUCCAAAAAUAUAAUUAAACGUUUAUGUUUUCGGCUGAAGGACUUUGUUUCCAUGGUCAGCAAUAAUUUAAAAAAAAAAAGCAUGUGGUCAUCUGUCUGUCAGUAUCACCCGUUAUGGUCAAAGAGGAUCUAACCACUACGUUGAAGCUGUGGUGCAACAGAUUUAAUUAUAAAGUAUUCUUUAGUGCACAGUGAGUGAGCCUUUUCAGGCACAAUGAACGAAAUGUUUGUUGGUACUUCAAAGGAAAAGUUUUUUUAUCACAACACUCUAUUGUGCUUAGUUAGAGCAAUGCAGGGCCAUAAUAUAACAGUGGACUUGAGAAAUGACUCUUAUAUUUGUGGACAUGUAGAAAAUGUCGAUGGGUAUAUGAAUAUGUCAUUCACAAAUGCUGUUUUCUGUAAUCCUCGAGGUGAUGAAUACCACUUUCAACAACUAUUUGUACAAGCUCGUAAUAUCAGAUAUGUGCACAUACCUGAAACUAUGUCCAUCUUAAAUACAAUAAGAAAUGAACUAACUCAUGGCAAGAAAAAAGAGCAGAAAAAACCCUCAGAGAAAUCAAGAAAAGCAAAGAAAGCCCUUAAACAGCACAUGGAAACUGUAGCAUCUCUCAAUAAUUAGCUUAAAAUAAUUAUAGGUAUUUUCAGGAUCAAAAUAUAAUAGAAUUUUAUUUUACUUAGAAUAAAGGGAAAAAUAUUGAAAACAAUCUUAUGUCCACAAACAUUUACUAACAACAAUAAUCUUACAACAAUAACUUAACUAACCCCAAUUAUCAUCUUUACUCUCAUAUCAACACUAAGUUUAUGGUUCCUUGUUAUCAGUAUCAUUUGUAAAUGGCCUAUCUGGCAAGGUCAUGGUGAGGUGUUUAGUGUCUACCUUCUCCUCUCCACAUUCCAGAUCAC